AUGCAAUCAGAAACAAGAUAAAAAUAAAAGCUAGUAUUUUUAGGAAAUUCAUAUGUUGGCAAAACCAGUAUAAUUGAAAGGUUUGUUUCAAAUACAUUCGAUCCAAAAUCUCAACCUACUGUUGGAAUAGAUUUUAUUGGUAAAAAUAUCACAAUAGAUGGAAAAAAUAUGCGUCUUCUUUUAUGGGACACUGCAGGACAAGAAAGAUUUCAUUCAUUGAUUCCUGGCUAUGUAAGAGAUGCAUAAUGCGCUAUAAUUGUAUUUGAUGUAACAUCUAGACAUUCUUUUGAGAGUUUGGAUAGAUGGUUUAAUGAGGUUAAAUAAACAAGGGGCAAUGAAGCUGCGAUUGUCAUUUUAGGAAAUAAGAUAGAUGCAGAAAGAGUUAUCAGUUCAUAGGAAGCCAGAGAUUAUGCGAUGAAAAAGGAUAUUCUCUAUUAUGAAGUAAGCGCAAAAACAGGUAAGGGAAUUGAAGAAGCAAUGGAAUAAAUCUGCUUAGCAUUACCCGCUGAUCAUUCUUUUCUUAUAACUCAAUCAUAAGUAAAUCAAUCACAAUUUGAACAAUAAACAGUGGUUUCGAAUAGAAAAUCUGUUCAGCAAGAUCAUAAUGUAUUUAAAUAGUUGUAAUAACAGCCUACAACUAAAAAUAAUCAAUGUUGUGCUAAAUCUUAAUGA